AUGUCUCAGAUCAAGGUCCGACAACACAGCACUAUCAUGCAACACCUUUCUCCCGACACGUGGUCGGAGAUUCUCGCAUUUUGUGGAGAUCAACAUUCAUUGUCCACGUUCUUCAAGGUUGUGUGGUCCAUCAGCCUUCAUAGAUACUUGGAAAAAGACGUGCUGCACUUUGCCGUGAAGAGUGAUUGGGAGCAAUCUUCUGGACUGAAUGCCGAUGACCAAAUAAAGAUGUGGCGCGUGAGAAUCACCCCACAUAUGGUGAUACGAGAGCUCUUUGAGAAUCCAGUGGUGAUGGAACUCAUCACCAGAGAGUCGGAGAUUGAAUCGGACACAACAAACGGGUUAUUGUUGACAGGGAGGCAGAGUCACGCAGAAGAGAAUGUGUCCCAGCUGAUGGCCAGUGGCAACGGGUUCUCGAACUAUGACUUUUUACUGUGUAUUUCACUCGCAGAUGGGGUUCCAGCAUUCAUGAUUGAUCAUCCCAAAUUGCCUCGAUUGGAACACCAAGCGCAACAUCUCGCAUCCACCGUCCGACAAGUCGCGCAAAGCCUGGUCGGAAGUCUGAGCUUCAGCGUGAAGGACGUGGUUAUAAUGAACCAGGAUGAUAUUUUUGCCAUCUCACAGGGCAAUGAAAGAAGCGACUUUGAGCCCGGAAAUGGGACGAUCGCAGAUGUCAUCCACCAGCAGGCCCUGAAUCGUCCAGAUGCCUUGGCAGUUAAUGCCUGGGACGGGGAGUUGACAUAUCGUCAGCUUGACAACCUUACUAACCGCAUUGCGGUGAAGCUGCGACAGAAGGGGGUCAGAUCCGAGGCCAUGGUGCCUGCAUGUUUCGAGAAGUCCGUUUGGGCGAUUGUUGGGGAACUUGCCAUUGUGAAGGCGGGCGGUGCUUUUGUGCCAAUGGACCCGGCGCAGCCCCGACACCGCUUAGAAGACAUUGUUGACCAGACCAACGCCGUUCUGAUUGUGACCUCUGCGAGGCACACUACGCGUAUGUCCGAUUAUGGAUUACCAGUCAUUACAAUUUCCUCACAGUUAUGGUCAAUAGAUGACUCUAUUGAGACCAGCCCGCCUCCACGGACAGGCGGAGCCCGCAGCGCUGCAUAUGUCUUCUUCACCUCUGGGAGUACGGGAGCUUCCAAAGGGUGUGUCGUCAGUCAACAUGCGCUGGGGGACAUUGCAAGACAUUGUGAAGCACUACAUCUGUCGCCGCAGAGUCGAGUGCUUCAAUUCGCCUCAUACACUUUUGGCGUGUCUUUGAUUGAGAUUUUCUGCGCCCUCGCGAGCGGAGCCACGAUUUUGAUCCCAUCUGAACAGGAUCGCCUGAGCAACCUCAUGGGCUAUAUGCACAAGAUGAAAAUCAACUGGGCGUUCCUGACACCGUCGACGGUGAAUGCCAUCGAUGAUCCAACUCUAGUGCCGGAGUUGGAAACACUGAUCCUCGCCGGGGAACCCAUGGGCCAACACCAUAUUGAUAAAUGGGCAGCUCAAGUCAAUCUGUACCAAGCCUAUGGACUUACAGAAUGGUCUGGUAUCUGUGCUGUCUCGGCGCGUAUCACAUAUGGUUCCAAUGUGGAACACAUCGGGUUAUCGUCCCCGACAGCCGAUCUGUGGUUAGCGGACCCGCUGGACCACAACAAAUUGAUGCCCAUCGGUGCUGUAGCUGAGCUGCUGAUUGCAGGCCCCAGUCUAGCACGGGAGUACCUCAAUAACCCAAGCAAGACUGUAGCGACCUUCAUCGACAACCCGAGUUGGUUGCACCGCAUCCAGUCCAACCGAGAUCGCCGUGCGUACAAGACUGGAGAUCUAGUGCAGUACCAGCCGGAUGGGACUUUUCGCUAUAUUGUGAGAAAGGAUACGCAGGUCAAAAUCCGAGGAAAGAGGCUGGAGCUUAGUGAGGUCGAGUACUGCGUCGCGCGGCUGUGUCCAACGGUUACUCGAGCCAUCGCUGAAGCUGUUGUUCCUGAUAAAAGUGGGGAUAUACCAAUUCUGGUCGUCUUUCUCUUCUAUCCGAGCCCUUUGAACACCCAGGAAGAUGGCGAUGUUCAGCUAUUGGCUCAAGAUACCAGCAUGUUCUAUCCUCAGUUCCGAAAGGAUGUCGCUUGCCUGAAGACGGAGACUCAACAGUUGUUACCAGAGCACAUGGUGCCAGCUCUCUAUCUCCCACUGGGAUACCUGCCCCUUACGAUUACAGGAAAAAUUGAUCGACGCCACCUGCGUGAGACGAUGCGGCAGUAUAAUCGAGAAUGUCUAGAAUCUUAUAGCUCUGACAAAUCGGAGAUUAUAAUACCCAGUACGGAUACUGAGAUAAUUCUUCAUCAACUAUUUGCUAAGACACUGAAUAUUUCACCGCAAAUAUUUGGUAUUCAUGACAGCUUCCUAAAAUUAGGAGGAGACUCGAUCAAAGCAAUGCGUCUGGCUAGCUUGUGCCGCAACCAUAGCCUGUCGCUAACGGUGACCGAUAUUAUGUCAGAUCAGACAAUCCACAACAUUUUGAAAGAAUCCAAGGACCAAGCACUGCCGCAGCCCGAUCAGGUCACUGUAAAAGCAGACACGGUCCCAGAGGCCACUGAUGAGAACGAACCAAAACUGCCCGAUGAUAAAACAAGUCACAUGCUACCCAAAUCGUCCCUUACUUUCCCUUCACGUAUGAACGUUGGAGUGCACAACUUAGAGCUGUUGACCAAGUCCCUCUCUGUGCUGGGAGUCCCCAUCGACGACGUUGAAGAAGCCUUUCCCUGCUCAUUUGUUCAAGAGGGCAUCCUACUGAGCCAGGCUCGGCAGCCAGCACAUUAUGAGAUGCGAUUCAUAUGGGAAAUUACGUCUACCACCCCCGAGUUCGUCGAUGUGAACCAACUGCAGCGGGCAUGGCUGAAGCUGAUAAAAAUUCAUCCCAUGCUCCGAAGUAUCUUCGUUGAGGGGAUUAGCACCAGUGGUCUUGCGGUCCAGGUAACUUUGAUUGAAGGAUCAUCUGAGGUGACUGUGGCUCCGCGCAGAGGUGUCAAGCCAAGCGAGUUGUCUUGUACGAAUCGAUCGCUGGGUCAACGGGGCCGGCAAUCAUUGCCACGGCUGGCUCUUUAUCCAUCAACAACUGGGCAGGUAUUUGCGCUUCUCGAUAUCAAUCAUGCAGUGACCGAUGCAACCUCCAUGUCAAUCAUGAUGCGUGAUCUGGCGAGGUUAUACAGCAACCCCAGAGACACGCUAGCACCGAUGCUGCGGUACUCCGACUACAUUUCCUAUCUGCGCAAUGCAUCAACAUCCUCCACAUUGGACUUCUGGAAACUAUAUCUAGCAGAUGCCAGUCCCUGUAUUUUCCCCAGACGCAACCUCGAGGAAAUGAAAGGAGGCGACUCGUCUUGGAGAUCUGUAUCAGUGGAGGUCGGCGACAUUGGCCGAUAUCGACAGUUCUGUGCUGCCACCGGGAUCACCCUCGCCAAUUUAUGCAAGAUAGCCUGGAGUCUUGUCCUAUCUGCUUUCACAUCUUCUGGCAAAGUGUGUUUUGGUUACAUGACGUCCGGACGGGAUUUGUCUCUGACGGGAAUCGAAGAUGCCGUGGGCCCGUUCAUCAACAUGCUAGUUUGUUAUUUGGAGAUCCACCCGGAGAGGACCCUGCUGGAGACAUUGCAUGUAUUGCAAUCAGAGUUUAUCGAAGCGUUGCCACACCAAAGAGUAUCACUUGCAGAGAUUCGCCAUGCCCUCAAUCUAGCUAACGAUGAUCCUCUGUUCAACACUACGAUGACUUUCCCGCCACAGUCGGAAGAAGAGGAGAUAGGGAUGAUUCACGUUGCAGAAGUGGAUCGACUAGAUGCAGCUGAAUUUGCAGUUGUUGUUGAGGUGAUGGUGACAGGUAGUGAGAUUCGUGCCACUAUAAAGUACUGGACCGAAUUCCUUUCGGUGUCACAGUCUCGCUCAUUAGCCCGCACAUUGAGCCACGUUCUUACCCAAAUCAUCGAACGGCCAGAGCAGAAAGUCAGAGAGAUUCAGUUGCUGAGUGCAGCUGAUGAGGAAUGGAUCCUACAACUGAACCACCAUGUUCCGCAAGUCAGCUCUGUAUGUGUGAACGAGCUCAUAGAUAAACAGAGCAACGCGCAACCACUGUCUACAGCCGUCCAUGCUUGGGAUGGAAGUCUCACCUACCAAAAGUUACAAGAGCUGUCGAAUAAUCUCGCCUUACACUUGGUGAGUAUUGGGGUGACAACUGGUUCAUAUGUACCGCUGUGCCUGACCAGAAGCUCUUGGACUCCGGUCGCAAUGCUCGCUGUGAUUAAAGCAGGGGCUGCAUUUUGCCUUUUUGACCCUUCUCACCCACUCCAGCGUCUACAGGAGAUCUGUAAUGCUCUGGGACAGCCUCGGACUAUCAUUACAUCAAGUGAACACCGCGCACUAGCGGCAGAGCUGGCCGUCGAUCUCGUGGUUGUCGAAAAUCCUCUGCCUCUUCUAAAGUGCCACGAACUCCCAAAAAUCACCCCAACAGAUCCUGUGUAUAUCGUAUUUACCUCAGGUUCGACUGGCUUGCCCAAGGGAGUGGUUGUUGGGCACCAGUCUUAUUCAACCAAUGCACAGGCACAUGUUCAAUCAUUUGAUAUGUCUCGUCAUUCACGAGUGCUGCAAUUUUCUGGCUAUUCAUUUGACGUUAGCAUAUUUGAACAUUUGACAGUGCUCAUUGCUGGAGGCUGUAUCUGUAUUCCCUCCGAGACAGAUCGCUUAAACAACCUUGCUGGUAUAACAACUCAGAUGGCGGUGGAUUGCAUAUUCCUAACACCCUCUGUCGCGAGACUGCUUCGCCCUGAACAGGUACCCAGUCUGAAGACGAUGGUCUUGCUCGGUGAACCGAUGAGCAGCGCAGACGUUGAUCAAUGGGCAUCAUCAGUGCAUUUGAUGAAUGGUUACGGACCGGCAGAAGCCACGGUCCUCUGUAGUGUUCAGCCGAGCAUGCAUAGCACUGAUCCGCAAAAUAUUGGAUGGCCUAUUUCUUGUGUCUUUUGGGUCACCAACCCUGAAAAUCCGCAUCAGCUGCUUCCGAUGGGUGCAAUGGGUGAGCUCCUUGUGGAGGGACCGAUCCUUGCCCAAUGCUAUUUUAAUGAUUCAGCAACAACUGAAUCUGCAUUCAUUCAAGCCCCUAUGUGGCUCCAGAAAUUCCGGGGCACCAGGGCUGAUACAAGCGCACAACGUGUCUAUCGCACAGGCGAUUUGGUGCAAUAUAGCCCAGAUGGAUCAAUCCGAUAUGUUGGUCGUAUUGAUACCCAAGCAAAGCUGCGCGGACAACGCCUCGACCUGGUUGACAUCGAACAUCAUGUGAAGCGGCUGUACCCGGAUGCUCAUGAGGUUAUUGCCGAUGUUUUACGUUUAGGGCCGAAUAAUAAUUCUCAAAUGCUGAUCGCCUUCGUUGCUCGUUCACCUCUAGCUCACAGGAUCAAUUCUCUGGAGCCUAGUCAGAUACUAGGUUCCUCCGACGAUACUGGGUUCCGGAGAGCGAUGGCCUCUAUCCGCCCAGGUCUCCAGAGUGUGCUCCCCAACUACAUGGUGCCCACCGUGUUUUUCCCUCUCAACGAUGUGCCCUUGACAAAAACUGGGAAGACUGAUCGAAAGCGCCUCCGACAAUUGGUGUCAGCUUUGUCGAGCAGCGAGAUAGAUCAGUUUUCAAGAGACCAGAUGACCAAACGACCUCCAGUGACUGCCAUUGAGCGAAGGUUGCAGAUACUAUUUGCCGAGGCACUGGCCCUGGAACCAGUUCAAAUCGGCGCCAACGACCAUUUCUUUCAGCUCCGCGGUGACUCCAUCUCAGCCAUGACUUUGGCUUCCAAGGGCCGGCAAUCGGGCCUUGCCAUCGUGGUAGCGGAUGUCUUCGCCUAUCCAAUAUUGUCUGACCUAGCACGGGUUGUCCAAGACGUACAUCAAACAUCAAGUUCAGAGGUGGUACCUCCAUUUGCUCUAAUGCCAGAGCCCCGAGAGGGAGUGAGAGGAAUAUUGCAAGAAGCGAUUCAGCAAUGUAAUCUUUCUUUAGACCAGGUGGAGGAUAUGUAUCCCUGCACAGCCCUGCAAGCCGGCAUGAUUAUCCUGAGCUCACGAAAAUCUGGGAUGUAUAUCGGACAGUUCGUUUUCGAUUUCAUUUCCAAUGCGAGUCUAGAUUGCAUACAGACAGCCUGGCAAGCAAUUGUUGAUGCCAAUCCAAUCCUGCGCACCCGGAUUAUUCAAACUGAGUCAGAAGGCCUCUGGCAAGUAGUUGAGAGGGGGCAUCAAAUAACCUGGCUCCAAGGAUCAUCGGUUGAUAAGUGGCUGGCAGAUGAUCUCACGCAGCCGAUGAAACUGGGGGAACCUCUCGUACGAUUUUCUUUAAUCGGCGACUCUGGGCCUGCCUCCACCGCAUCCAGCAUGGUCCUCACCAUGCACCACGCCAUCUAUGAUCAUUGGAGCUUGGCACUUUUACUUCAUCAGGUUGAAAUUGCCCUCCAGGGAAAUCGUCUUCCCACCCAGCACUUUAGUCCAUUUAUCAAACACUUGAUUACGCAGGACCCCGCGUCUGCCAAGGAAUUCUGGUCUUCUGAAUUCGCGGAUGUAGAGUCCCCUCCAUUUCCUACGCCAUGCGCCACGACCGUCGAAGAAGCAGAGGUCAGAAGCACAUUCGAUCGCUCCGUAUCUGUGUCGAUGCCAGUCAAUUCGAGGGUAACAUUAUCUAAUGUUAUCCUGUUGGCAUGGGCCGUAGUUGUCUCUGCGUAUACUGACUGCGAAGAUGUCACCUUCGGCCUCACUGUGGCCGGCCGGAGCGCUCCCGUCCCCAAGCUGGACAAGAUGACUGGCCCUACUAUCGCCGCGAUCCCUUUUCGAAUCCGCGUCGAAUCAGACCAGAUGAUUGAUACGGCUUUAGCUGCAAUUCAGUUGCACAUUGCUCGCACCAUUGAAUUUGAACAGACCGGGCUACAGAACAUCCGGAAAAUGAGCCCUGAAGCAGCCGCGGCGUGCGAAUUUCAAACCCAUAUUGGCAUCCAACCGGCCUUGGAGAUGAACACUGCUAACCCAUACAUGCGCCUACGUCCUUUUCAGGCGGACUAUUCCGCAUUUGCUAGCUAUCCAUUGGUGCUCGUCUGUGGAUUAAAUGCUGAUAAUGCUGCUAUUGACAUCCAUGCCAAUUUUUGCCCCUCCAUUGUCUCACACCAUGAGAUGGCCACCAUGCUCAAUCAGUUUAUCAACCUCUUGCAUCAGAUAGCAAACCAACCCAGCCAUAACAUUGGUGGCCUUGAUCUGGUUACUCAAAACGACAUGAAGACUUUGCGGUGCUGGAAUGAUGUCAUACCUGCUCCAUCCACGUCGACUGUUCAUGAUAUGGUCUUAAGUCACGUCAAAGAGUGGCCCGAUAAACCGGCCAUCGUUACAACACAAACCACGGUCACAUUUCAAGAACUAGACCUGCUCUCCAAAGAGCUUGCACGGCAAUUACAAGGCUUUGGGGUCCAACCCAACACAAUGGUGCCAUUGUACUUUGAAAAGUCAAUAUGGCCAAUUAUUGCCAUGAUUGCUGUUCUCAGAAUUGGGGCCACCUGUGUCAAUAUCGACACCGCAUUGCCUGCUAGUCGCGUUCGCGAUAUGUUGCAAGAGACGAACCCAUCCAUCGCCUUAGUUUCACCAUCACAGAAGGAUUUCCUUACGGCUCAAGCGCCCCGGUCAUUAAGAAUCAUUGCGGUUCCAUUGGAAGCCAAAGAUACUUCGAAAAAGGACAUAGCCUGGACCCCGCCCGUUGUGAGUUCCUCGACAGCGGCAUUUAUAAUCUUCACCUCCGGCAGUACUGGCAAACCGAAAGGCAUUGUCAUGGAGCAUGGGAACCUGACAACCAGCAUUCGCCACCAUAGCAUUGCUAUGGAGAUCGGAUCCACCACUCGAUCAUUGCAUUUUGCCGGGUAUGCAUUUGAUGCUAGUAUCUACGAGAUAUUUACUACCCUAGCAAAUGGCGGCACAGUAUACGCAGCGUCAGAGCACGAACGUAUCAAUGAGUUGGCGGGAUUCAUCCGCCGUCAUCAUGUAUCUUGGGUAGCAGUGACACCUUCUGUAAUAAAUCUUCUUCGGCCUGAGGACGUGCCUAGUCUCCGUACAGUUGUACUGGGCGGCGAAGCAGUUACGCAUCAUCAUGUCAACAUCUGGGCUGGCCGAGAGAACCUACACCUCAUCAAUGGAUACGGACCGGCCGAAGCUACCAUCUGCGCUGCAGGUGUUAUUCCCGCAGUUGGCUGGCGAAUAGGAACCAUAGGGCCUAUCCUCGGUGCCGUUGGGUGGGUAACAGUUCCCUCAGAUCCUGAGAGAUUGUCGCCCCUAGGAGCAGUGGGCGAGCUUCUCAUUGAAGGUCCAGUAGUCACGAGGGGGUACUUGCACCACCCGGAGAAUGCCCCUACAGGCUUUAUAUCGUCUCCAUCAUGGCUUCAACGGUUCAGAUUCCCUAAUCAGCCAGGACGGUUGUACAGAUCCGGAGAUCUGGUCCAGUACACAGAAGAUGGAUGGAUCCGGUUUGCAGGACGUAGAGACACACAAGUCAAGCUCCGUGGUCAAAGAAUUGAGCUAGGCGAGGUCGAACACCACGUUAAAUCGUGCAUUUCUGAUGCUCGUCAGGUUGUUGCCGAGGUAAUAUCCCGCGGGUGUGACGGACGCUCUGCAUUACUGUUUGCCUUUGUCUUGCAUGACGAUAUCUACAGCCCGGAUGAUCCGAAAGGUGAGAAUCUUUUCGCAGUACCUGGAAAAAAGCUGCGGUCACAGAUUUUGCAAGCGCGCCGCCAGCUGCUUGCAGACCUUCCGCCGUAUAUGGUGCCUGCGGUGCUAGUCCCUGUCUCCGAAAUGCCCUACACCAAAACCGGCAAGCUCGAUCGGAAAAGAUUGCGAAGCGAGGCUGCUCGUUUGUCAAGUGAUCAAUUGCAGCACCUAGAAGGAAAUCAAAGCCCGAAGAAGACACCAUCAACGGAUCUCGAACUCCGCGUACGCCAGAUCUGGGCGCACGUCCUAGCAAUUAACCCUGAAGAAAUUGGGAUCCAUGACAACUUUUUCUCCAUUGGAGGAGAGUCCGUUGCUGCCAUGCAAGUCGUGGCCCAGUGCCGGUCUGCUGGGUUACUUCUGACCGUCGCGGACCUUUUCCGGUUUCAAACCAUCUCGGCCUUGGCAACUCACAUCCACAUCCAAGACCAGAGUACCGAACUUGCUGCCACUGUGCCUUUUUCUCUCAUAGAUAGUUCUGACAAACUUGAAGAUAUUCUGGCUCUUCUUCAAUCGACAUGUGGUGUCAAGCAUGACUUGGUGGAAGAUGUAUAUCCCUGCACAGCUCUGCAGGAAGGCUUGAUGGCACUCACAGCCAAAAAUGAGAGCGCUUAUGUCAAUGAGCUCAGGUAUCAAUUACCCAGCGAUGUCGAUCUGACUAGCCUGAAAGCUGCGUGGAAUGCUACAAUGGCAGCCAAUCCAGUCUUGCGUACGCGGAUUAUCCAGCUAGAUGCGCGACGGUGUUAUCAAGUCGUUCUAUCAGAAGACUCCCACUGGCAGCUUUAUCCGGAUAUGCAAACCUACCGUGAGCAGUCAAAGGCAUAUUUCGGCUUAGGUAGGCCUUUGGUUGACUUGGUGGCUGUGAUGCAAUCCCUCCCGGUCAAAGGAUACAUUUUGAUGCUCCGGAUUCAUCAUGCCGUCUAUGAUGGCUGGUCUCUGCCUAUUCUCUUGAAACAAAUUCAAAGGGCAUAUGACGGCCACAAGUUGAAAGUCAAACCCUAUGCCCCAUUCAUCAAUUAUUUGCAAGCACAACAAACAGCGGGAGCCGAGUUCUGGCAAGGAGAGCUUGCGUCCACCGACACAAUCACAUUCCCAAAGUUGCCAUUCCCGGGCUACCAGCCCAUGUCACAGGCCACCAUUACGCAGACUGUCCCUAUGCAGCAACAGAUCAACGACGGAAUCACUCUAGCUGUCAGAUUACAUCUAGCAUGGGCACUUGUUGAAUCUCUGUAUACUGGUUGUAGCGACGUUGUGUUUGGCGUCACAACUACCGGUCGAGCGGCUCCAGUACCGGGUAUCGAGCAGAUGACGGGCCCAACACAGGCGACAAUACCCAUGCGAGUACAGAUUGAUUCCAACCAGACGAUAAUCGGGGCAUUGCAUCAGUGCCAAAGCAAGAUUAUGAGUGUCAUUCCAUAUGAGCAAUUCGGACUGCAGAACAUCAUGCAGUUAGGGAACUCUCAUGCAGCGGCCUGCCAGUUCCAGACACUACUGGUAAUCCAACCCCCGGAGAAGUCGCGAACGGAAGUUUUAUUCUGCGAAGAGAAAAUACUCUCGGAGCUGUACGGAUUCAACCCUUACGCUCUAAUGCUGAUAUGUCAGUUGACAACCGACGCGGUCGAGGUGCGGGCCAUAUUUGACGCCAAUGUCAUGUCCCAGGCGCAAAUGGACCGGAUUCUCGGGCAGUUCGGCCACGUGGUCCAACAAUUGAGCGUACUGAAGUCAGACGUUCCGAUUUCCCAUUUGGAACAAGUCCGUGCGGAGGAUCUGGCGGACUUGGCAUGCUGGAAUCAUCUAGAAUCAGCUCCUCUGGAGCUCUGCGUCCAUCAUGCCAUCCAAGAGCGUUGCGACUCCCAGCCCGAUGACCAUGCAGUUUGUGCUUGGGAUGGGGAUCUUUCUUAUCGAGAACUUGACGCCUUGUCAUCCACAUUGGCCCUGCAUCUCCAAAUUCUCGGGGUGGGGCCAGAACUAGUUGUUCCUCUAUAUUUUGAGAAGUCGCGCUGGGUCCCUGUGGCCAUGCUUGGGGUUAUCAAGGCAGGAGGCGCCUUUGUCUUACUCGAACCGGCCCAUCCGGCUGAGCGGCUACAGCAAAUAUGCCUGAGCGUCAAGGCCAAAGUAAUUGUUGCAUCAAGCCAGUAUACGUCGGCGACUGCCACACUGGGGGCGUAUAAGGUGGUGACUCUGAGUGAUGAUGAAACUGAAUGGUGUGCGAAUGACGCUGGAGAUCGACGCUCUUUGGCAUCAUCUCUUAGCCCUCGUAACACCCUCUAUAUUGUCUUCACCUCAGGCUCGACUGGACAGCCCAAGGGAGUUGUUGUUGAGCACAGAUCUUUCCAACUAAACGCCAUGGGCUACGUUCCCUUGAUCAAGCUGAAUCGUAAUUCUCGUGUCUUUCAGUUCUCUGGCUUCGCGUUUGAUCUCAUUAUCAUGGAGGUUUUUAGUACACUCAUGGCCGGUGGGUGCAUCUGCAUACCCUCGGAGCAUGAUAGGAGCAGUCGAAUUGCGCAGGUUUUAACCACUAUGAAAGUCAACUGGAUGCUUCUGACGCCGUCAGUGGCUCGCACAAUGUUCACUCCAAGGGAUUUUCCAACCCUUCGGACUCUUGUUCUCGGCGGCGAAGCCAUGAGAGAAGAGGAUAUCGCCACUUGGUCUCGCACAGAGCAUUUGAUGAAUGCCUAUGGCCCCGCCGAAUGUAGUGUGAUCACCACUGUGCAUACAUCUGUCACUUCCCAGUCGGGCGCACAUAAUAUUGGCCGACCAUCGAGUUCAGCCAUCUGGAUUACGCACCCUCAAAAUAGUGAUCAACUGCUGCCGGUAGGUGCCGUCGGUGAAAUUUUGAUUGAAGGUCCCAUUGUUGCCCGAGGUUACUUGGAUGAUUCGGCCAGAACAGAUGCUUCAUUCAUACCAGCACCGCAUUGGCUACAUCAUUUCCGUAACAUAUCGGCACCGCAAAAUCGCCUUUAUCGGACGGGGGAUAUGGGUCAAUACCAAGCCGAUGGUUCGAUCCUGUUUCUCGGACGUCGAGACGGCCAAGUUAAGCUGCGUGGCCAACGCAUCGAGCUGGCGGAGGUGGAACACCAUGUUCAGCACCAUUUCCCCGAAAGCCGUGAGGUGAUCGCUGAUAUCAUUCAGCAUGACCUGUCCAGUGGGCCUGUGCUGGUUGCAUUAGUUGCUUGUCAAUCUACUGUCGAGGAGGCCUCGCGGGAAAAUCACAGCCUGUUGAGCGAGCCUGGAGAGGAACACUUCUUGAAGUUUGUCGAUUCUGCACGCUCGAAGCUGGCGCGUACGCUUCCUCACCACAUGGUGCCCACGUUCUUUCUGCCACUGAACCGGGUGCCUCUUUCAAGCACGGGAAAAGCUGAUCGGCGCCUCCUGCACCACCAUCUCCUAAGCCUCUCCGCUGAGGCGUUCAUUGCCUUUAGUGGCGGCCAAUCUCACAAGGCUGCGACAUGCGCAGAGGAGCGGACCUUGCAAACGCUUUUCGGUCGAGUAUUGAGCGUAGAUCCCGUCGGCAUCAGCCCUGACGCCAACUUCUUCCAGAUAGGAGGCGACUCCAUUGUCGCUAUGAAACUCGUGAGUGAAGCGAGAAUGGCCAAUAUGCAGUUCACUGUAGCAGACGUUUUCACCUAUCCCGUGCUUUCAGACUUGGCCAAAGUCAUGCGCCAUAUCACACUUCAAUCUAUCGCUAACGCUCCCUUUGCCCUUCUCCCUGUGGAGAACAAGCGAACCCGCAUACUGCAAAUAGCGGCAGAAUCGUGCGGGAUUGAGGCGAACGCAGUGGUAGAUAUAUAUCCGUGUACGCCACUACAGGAAGGACUAAUGGCACUCACUGCGCAAAAGUCAAGCAUGUAUAUCGGACAGCUUGCAUUUAAACUAGCGGAAGGUACUGAUCUCCCUCGGUUGCAAGCCGCUUGGCAGCACACGGUUGAUGUGAACCCCAUCUUACGGACUCGCUUAAUCCAAAGCGAGACUGAUGGGUUGCUUCAAGUGGUUGUCAAACCAAGCCAAAUUACCUGGCACCCACACAACUCCGUCAAGGAAUAUCUCAAUGAGGACUUGCUUCAACCCAUGAUGAUUGGACAGAAACUGGCGCGGUUUGCCAUCGUUCAACCGCAAUCCUGCCAUGAUCAAGAUUCUGUGUACAUGGUCUUGACGUUACAUCACACGCUAUACGAUGGAUGGUCACUGCCCCUAUUAUUGCGCCAGGUAGACAUGGCCUACUAUAGCAGGUCGCCUCAAGCCUACCCCUUCACCCCAUUCAUUCAGUAUGUGAUCACCAAUGGAAGGGGUCCGGCAGCUCAUGCAUUCUGGAAUGCCGAAUUUGCUGCCCUCGAGGCUCCUCCAUUCCCAGCAUUGCGUCAGUCAGCGUGCACAGCUCAAACCCCUUCCAGACGUGGGAGUGUUGAAACCGCCGUUCCCAUUGAUUUCCGAACCAAUGCAACUGUCACUCUCUCCAAUGUUAUCCGCCUAGCCUGGGCUAUAGUGGUAUCUGCAUACACUGACAGUGAGGAUGUUUUAUAUGGUGUGACUGUGACUGGUCGCAAUGCGCCGGUUCCCCAUAUUGAGGACAUGGCAAGCCCGACCUUUGCAACUGUCCCAUUUCGGGUUCGACUGGAGGCCGGUACCACUGUUUAUACCGCGCUCACUGAAAUCCAGAAGCAUGCCACAAACAUGAUCCCCUUUGAACAAACUGGAUUACAAUAUAUUCGCAAGAUGGGCCCGGAGGCUGCGGCUGCUUGCAAGUUUCGGAGCCAACUGGGUGUUCAACUUGCUACUGAAACAAUCGACAAUUCAAGUUCACUCAUGAAGAUUCAAAAUCCUUUGGGGACAGGAUUUGACCGUUUUGCUAGCUAUCCUCUAGUGGUUAUUUGCAAUUUGAGCGUGCAGAACGACAUUGUUCGCAUUCAUGCGGACUUCGACCUGGACGUAGCUUCUGCUGAAGAUGCUGAGACAAUGCUAGCCCAACUAGCCCAUGUCUUGCAGCAGCUGUGCAAAGUGGACAAUUCCACCCAGCUUGUGGCCGAUAUCGAACUUGUCAGUCCGGGUGAUUGUGAAAAGCUUCAGCGCUGGAAUGGCCAUCUUCCUGAUCCUAGCCAUGCUACGCUUCAUGACCUUGUGCUGCAACAUGCCCGAGAAAGACCGGCAGCAGUAGCGGUCUCCACCACUUCCCAAAAAUUGACAUUUGGGGAGCUAGAUACUCUUUCCAGCCAUUUGGCUCACCAUUUGGUCUCCCAUGGUGUUAAACGCGGCGACUUUGUUCCAAUCUGCUUUGAAAAGUCAAUAUGGCCAGUUGUUGGAAUGCUGGCCGUUCUCCGCACGGGGGCAGCAUGCUUCAAUGUGGACCCAGCCCUACCAUCUGGUAGAGUAUGUGAGAUGCUUCGGAGUAUAGGCCCACACAUCGCUUUGAGCUCUCAUUCGCAGAAAAAGCACCUCGAGGAGUGCGCUGGAAGUCCUCUUCUGGUAUUCACAGUACCAUGGGGUCCUCUGGCUGUCUCAGGAAUAUCUUGGAUACCACCAAGAGUUGAACUGAAGGAUGCUGCAUUUCUAAUCUUCACGUCAGGCAGUACAGGCACACCAAAGGGUAUCAUACUAGAACACAUGAACCUAUCAACCAGCAUCCACCAUCACAGCAGUGCACUCCAGGUUGAUCAGAACAGUCGAUCUCUACACUUUGCAGGUUACGCGUGGGAUGCUAGUGUCUAUGAAAUUUUCACCACCCUUGUUAAUGGCGGGUGUGUUUGUAUUCCUUCCGAAAAGGAAAGAAUCAACGAUCUGGCGGGCUUCAUUCGUCGGAGUGAGAUAACAUGGGCUACACUAACUCCAUCUGUUAUGGCUCUCCUUGAUCCUGACGAAGUGCCAAACUUGCGUGCAGUCUCUUUGGGUGGCGAGGCGAUCAGCUAUGAGAUCGUCAGCAUCUGGGCCGACCGUAUCUACCUCAUCAACGGGUAUGGUCCUGCGGAAGCGACCAUUUGCGCUGCAGGACGCAUUCCUACUCAAGGCUGGGAGAUCGGCACCAUUGGCCCAAUGCUGGGUUCUGUGGGAUGGGUGACCAUGCCGUCUGAUCCCAGCCGGUUAGCUCCAUUGGGAGCCGUGGGCGAGCUGUUGAUCGAAGGCCCUGUGGUGGCCCGUGGCUACUUGAACCAAGAACAGAAGACGCGAGCGGGUUUUAUUCAACCGCCGGCCUGGCUUUCUCGCUUCCGUCCCCAAGGCCCCGGGCGGAUGUACCGAUCGGGUGACCUAGUCCAGCUUACCAAAAACGGUUGGAUCCGCUACGUCGGUCGAAAGGAUACACAAGUCAAAUUACGCGGUCAACGCAUUGAGCUUGGCGAAGUUGAACAUCAUAUCCGUUCUCAUACCAACGCUCGCGAGGUCGUAGCUGAGGUCAUCAUUCGAGGGGCGGGGCCACCGGUGCUUGUUGCCUUUGUCCUGUAUGAUGUCCACGAUAUGGGGGAUUGUGAUCUGUUUGCGUUGCCAAGUGGUGAUUUCUACAGGCAGGCUAAGAUGAUUCGUGCACGGAUGCAAGACCAUGUGCCCUCUUACAUGGUGCCCGCCGCAUUCCUACCGCUUCAAUUUAUGCCCUCAACGCCAACCGGGAAGACAGAUCGCAAGCGCCUAUGCGAGGCGGCAUCCCGGCUGUCAAACAGUGAUUUCGCGCGCUAUGGGGAUGGGUUGGAGAGUUUCAAACGAUCUCCAUCCACGGACAUGGAGGUUCAGCUACAAAGCCUCUGGGCGCGAAUCCUCAAGCUACCGGUAGCUGAUAUCGGAGCAGACGACAGUUUCUUCCGUCUUGGGGGAAAUUCGAUUGACGUGAUGAUGUUGGUCACUAUGGCCCGAAAAGUGGGAAUUGAAUUCUCUGUGACAAGUGUCUUUCAACAUCCAAAACUUUGUGAUCUCGCCAUCGCCGCCAAACCCGGCUCCCCUCGGCUGGUUGGUUAUACCGAAUCUUAUCAGCCCUUCUCAUUGCUCAAUCUGACAGACUCCGAGACAUUCAUUCUGGAUCAAGUAGCCAACGGUCGGCCUUUCGAACAAAUCGACGUAAUCGACGUUCUUCCCACAACGCAAUUUCAAAGAGAACAAAUACACCGCGACCUGCGUCACUACUUUAUGGUGCACAUCCCUGGAUCAGUGGAUGUGCCGCAACUGGAGAAUGCAAUUGAAAGGGUUGUCGAAAAGUAUGAGAUACUACGCACCGUUUUUGUACCGCUCCACAAUACCCUGGCCCAAGUCACCCUGCGCCGCCUUGUCAGUUUCUUUAACAUUAUCGAAAUCACGAGCGAUGUGAAGGUCGCGGCCAAGGCUCUCAGUCAGGAAGAUUGUCUCGCCUCUCUUACAACUGGGACUCCAUACUUUAAGUCAACGCUAGUUACCGGACUUGAAGAGUCCGUAUUAAUCAUUCGGAUAUCUCAUGCGCAGUACGAUGGAGUCUCGUUUCCCCUUCUAUACUCGGAUUUGUCCCGUGCCUACCAAGGCCAUAGUUUGGCUCUCGCGAGACACUUUUCCGACUACAUGAGAUGUCGGGUAAAUUUCCAUUCGCCCCAAGCUUGGAAAUUCUGGAGAGAGCUUUUGCAAGGCUCUUCAAUGACCCAGCUAGAUCCUUGUUCCUUUGGAGGGUAUGCUUCGCCCGGGUCGGAAGUUCUCAUCCAUCGACGCACCACAAUCAGUUUGCCCACCUUGCCUGAGGACAUCACCAUCGCCACGGUCUUCAAAGCCGCCUGGGGCCUGACUCUUGCACGACUGACAGGCCUAAGCGAUAUCGUAUUUGGCCAAGUCGUUCACGGUCGCAGUGUACCUUUAGACGGAGUUGAAAAUAUCCUCGGGCCCUGCGUCAACAUUAUCCCCGUCCGGGUGCCCUUGCAGCGGGAAUGGCGCUCAAUAGACCUUUUAAAUUACCUCCACCACCAGCACGCAUGCACCCAAGCCUUUGAUACAAUCGAUUUUGAAGAUAUUGUUAGCCAAAGCACCUCAUGGCCAUCCCAGACACGAUUUGGAAGCAUCACCCAACAUCAAAAUAUGUCAAUCACUUCUCAAGUGAAGUUUGAUAGUCUCGAGUGUACGACCGAAACACACUCAUCGACUGACAUCCCGGAGACGUGUUAUGCCGUCUCUACCCCCCAAGGAUCUGCUUUGAUGAUUGAAAUUGUUGCUUCUAGUCACAUGCUCAGCACAGAGAGUGCUGAUCGUCUUCUUGCUGGACUAUCCAAUAUGAUCUUAGAUCUUUCAUUGCAGUCGACAUCACUGGUUACCAAUUUUCUAGUUGAUCAUGACCUAACUAACGGCUGA